UAUGAAGCUCUCCCUCCCAACUAUGGCCUUGGCCGAAACAUGUUAGCCGGUGCCUUUGCAGGUGUAGCGGAACACUCUGUGAUGUACCCCGUUGAUUUGCUCAAGACUCGCAUGCAAAUCUUGACCCCUUCUGCCGGCGGACUUUACACGGGAUUGACCAACGCGGUUUCCACAAUCUACCGAGUUGAAGGCUGGCGGACACUAUGGAAGGGUGUCUCAAGUGUCAUUGUUGGCGCUGGUCCGGCACACGCGGUUUACUUCGGCACAUACGAGAUCGUGAAGGAAAUGGCUGGUGGCAAUGUCGAUGACGGACACCAUCCCUUUGCGGCUGCUUUGAGUGGAGCAUCCGCUACUAUUGCCAGCGAUGCGCUGAUGAACCCAUUCGAUGUUAUGAAGCAACGCAUGCAGGUUCACGGCUCCGUUCACAAAAGCCUGGCGCAAUGUGCCAAGACCCUCUACCGUACUGAAGGUCUCCAGGCCUUCUACGUCUCCUACCCCACCACACUUUGCAUGACCGUGCCUUUCACGGCCACUCAGUUCGUUGCCUACGAGUCGAUCUCGAAGAUAAUGAACCCUAAGAACGAGUACGACCCGUUCACUCACUGUAUCGCGGGUGGUUUGGCCGGUGCCUUCGCAGCUGGUAUCACCACUCCUCUUGAUGUCGUAAAGACACUCCUUCAGACCCGUGGUCUGGCAGAGAGCGAGGAGGUGCGUUCUGCAAAGGGUCUGUUCAACGCCGCUGCCAUCAUCAAGCGCAAGUUUGGCUGGUCUGGUUUCCUGCGUGGCAUGCGCCCUCGCAUUAUCUCCACCAUGCCUAGCACCGCAAUUUGCUGGACAUCUUAUGAAAUGGCCAAGGCAUACUUCAAGAAGCACCUCGACUAA